AUGGCGCUGACUAGAAGACAUAUUUAUGUGGAAGAUGGCUCUUGUAGUUUGUGUGGUUCAGGAGACGAAGAUGUUAUGCAUUUGUUCACCGGGUGCGGGUUCUCUUCUGGAGUGUGGUCCUUAGUGGGUCAGUGGUGCAAAAUCGAUCCUAUUUUGGCGUUUCACUUUAAUGAUCUGUUGGGAAUGCAUGAGUUGAUUGAAGGGGGUAAAUGGGCGAAAAAGGUGAUUCGAGGUAUCAUGAUGGUUACUUGCUGGGCUAUAUGGAAGAGCCGAAAUGAUAAAAUCUUUCGGGGGUCUUCGCCGAGGGUGAUUGACGUCGUGGCUAUGGUUAAGGCUUGUUCUUUUUUGUGGUUAAAAAAUAGAUCUAAUUUUGGUUGUAUUGUGUGGAAGGAUUGGGCGUUGAAUCCAUUGUAUAUGUUGUAG